AUGUAUGGUGGUGGACAUCCAGGUGGACCUCCAAACAGUUCACAUGGUAUGCCUUCAGGACCUUCUGGCUCUCAUCAUGGAAUGCAUCCAUCCCAAGGUCCUCCACCACCGCCUCCUUCGCAUGGCCAUCAUGGCGGUCAUCAUUUAGGAAGAGGGCCACCUCCAUUGCCAGGUCAAACAAACGGCAUUCCUCCUCCCGGCGGUCCAAGUCCAAGGAUUAUGUCUGGCGCUCCCGUUCAACCUCCUCCACCUCAUGCUACCGAUGGCAAUUCAUCCAUGCCCCCUCCUCCGCCCCGAACAGCAUCUGCAGCCAGUCAGCAUCACAUGCAACAUCCACAUCCACCUGGACCUGGCCCAUACGAUGUUGGUCAAGCAGGCGUUUCAACUCAUUCAAACGAACAAGCUUGGAUCGCAAUCGGAUCGGCUGCAGAAGCAAUGGAAGAUUAUGAACGUGCGAUCGCAGCUUACGAUUCCGCUUUACGACACAAUCCAUACUCUGUUCCUGCAAUGAAUGCUAUCGCAGGUGUUCAUCGUACAAUGGAUCGUUUUGAAAAGGCUGUUGAUUACUUCCAGCGCGUUUUGAAUAUCGUUCCUGAAAAUGGGGAAACAUGGGGUGCGAUGGGACAUUGUUACUUGAUGAUGGACGAUUUGCAGAAAGCCUAUACCGCCUAUCAGCAAGCUCUUUACCAUCUGCCAAACCCAAAAGAACCAAAACUUUGGUAUGGUAUUGGUAUUUUGUACGACAGAUAUGGCAGUCUUGAACAUGCAGAAGAGGCGUUCGCAAGCGUUGUACGAAUGGAUCCCAACUACGAGAAAGCAAACGAGAUCUACUUCCGAUUGGGUAUCAUCUACAAACAGCAAAACAAGUUCUCAGCCAGUUUGGAAUGCUUCCGCUAUAUUCUCAACAAUCCACCUCGCCCAUUAACGGAGAUUGAUAUCUGGUUUCAAAUCGGACAUGUUUACGAACAACAGAAAGACUUUGUCGCCGCAAAAGAAGCUUAUGAACGUGUAUUGGCCGAAAAUCCUGCACAUGCUAAAGUUCUGCAACAGCUCGGUUGGCUCUAUCACCAAAGCAAUGCCGGAUUUGAAAACCAGGAUAUGGCUAUUCAAUUCUUGACUAAAAGUUUGGAAAGUGAUGCAAAUGAUGCACAAAGCUGGUAUCUACUGGGUAGAGCUUACAUGGCAGAACGCAAUUACAACAAAGCAUACGAAGCGUACCAACAAGCAGUCUAUCGUGACGGCAAGAAUCCGACAUUCUGGUGCUCGAUCGGUGUUUUGUACUAUCAAAUUAGUCAAUAUCGUGAUGCUUUGGAUGCUUACUCACGUGCUAUUCGACUCAAUCCUUACAUUUCGGAAGUUUGGUUCGAUUUGGGUAGUCUUUAUGAAUCGUGCAAUAAUCAAAUCUCCGAUGCAAUUGAUGCUUACGCUCGUGCUGCUGAACUUGACCCAGAGAACCCACACAUUCAACAAAGAUUGACCUUAUUACGCAAUGCUGAAGCACGCGGAGAACAAGUAUCUUCUGCACCUGUUCCGCAAGACAUUCAUCCCACAGCGUGGACAUGGCUUCCAUGA